CAUUGGCGCGAAAAACAUUUUGCCAUCCCCAGUACUGCGAUUCCGUCUGACCAGACUUCGUCACUGAUGCUGAGAAACUACGAGUGACAAUGGCAGAGGCUCCACUUGCAUGAAUCCAUGGCGGCUCAUUGCCAACCCUUGUCGGACCUGGGUUUGAGGCUCGACGAGAUUCCAGGCUCUUGAAUGAGGGGACGCUAGUAAUAAAGCCAGUGCUUCAAACUAGGGAUCGCCACUACAGUUUGAUUUAGCAGCGCUCCCAGCCACGGCGAUGACGCGACGUGAUGCCUUUUGAGACGUUAUGCGCGGACUGAACAGGACAGAAUAUUUCUUAACGACGCUUGUCGUCCUUCCGUCCCCUAGAAACCCGAAUCAGCAUCGCACCCGUCCAUGGCGACGGAACGUGGCUUCUCGGGACAUUUUGCUCGGCGAGAUUUGACCAUGGACCGGAGAAAGGAGGAUUUUGUGUCGGCUCAAUUGUCACCUAGGGGCUUCUCAAGACCUUAUGCGCGACGGGACCUGGCACGGGGUCGGAUUCUGGGCCGGAGAAAGCCAGGCUGGACAGCAUGCUUUCAAACGACGCUCCUCGUCUCGUUCCUCCUCUCCGUCUCGUGCGCGGCUCAAGCUCGAGCGCAAAUAGAAACAGUUUCGCCAGCGCUAGCAGCGCCAGCAACAGCCGACCCAGCAUCGGCCAAUCAAGCCGCCGUUUCUUCGACAUUUCAGACAACCGGCCAGCCGGCUGUUCAGUCGGCCGACGAGGUGCUUCUGGGUCGAGUGGCCGAGAUAGAGGCGGAGCUCAACCGUCAGAUGCAAGAGGAGCAGACACUGCAGCGAUCACAGGGUGUUGUAUCCGCCGCAACUUAUGCUGCUGGUGAUGCCACAACCACUCCUGCUUCUGCUGCUGCUGCUGCUGCUGCUGUUGGUGGUGGUGUUGCUGCUGCUGCUGGAGCGGACGCUACCACUGCUGUGUCACCUUCCAUCUCCGCUCCUCCCCCUCCUGAACUCCCCCUCCGACUCUCGCCUCCACUCGCUUUCCCACAGCAUGCGCCACCCUUCCCUCCUCCCGUCCCCCCUCCACCAUCCCUCCCUCCCGCUCCGCUUCCCCCACCUCACUCUAGCAGAGGAGAAGACAGAAGAGAAGUAGAGGGAUGGGGAAGCAACGCGGGUAUGGAUGAGGUGCUUCUAGGGAGGGUGGCUGCGAUAGAGGAACAGCUGAGGCAGCAGAUUGCAGGGUAUGGAGAAGGGGAGAACAGAAGGGAGAGUGGGGGGGAGAGUGGGAGGGAGAGUGGAGGAGAGAAUUCAGGGAAACGCAAAGGGGAGACGGAAGCGAGUCCAAGAGCGGAUGGAGCAGAGACUACAGGGCAGGAGAGAAAGGAUAGCUCCCCCCAACCCCCCUCACACCCACCUCCCGCCUCUCCUCGUCCCACGGAACCCCUCUUUACAGUCACAUCCCUGAACCGAACCAUCCGCAGAAUCGAUCUCAACAAGACCUUUCUAGAGCACCACCACCAUUUCCAGAAAGGAGAGCCGAAGCUGGAGUGCGCAGGCGAGCCCUGCCCAAACCUAGGCUCCUGCGGUCCAGCGUUCCCGAACCUGCGAGCCUGCUACUGGCCGAACCUGGUCGACGCGGAAUACCUGUUCCCGGACCAGCCUAUUAACUGUCCGAAAGUUAUGGAUAUAAGUGUAGAAGGGGGAAAGGAGGUGUCAGAUAGCAGGUGCACUCAUAAGGGGGAUAAUCUGCGACUUGAUAUGUUUCUGCCGCAGUACUACGAGCUGAGGAAUGUGUUUUUGGACGGGGAUGGGCAGGUGUUUAACAAGACGAUGUACUUUGAUCGGCACAGCUGCGCUGACAAAGGCAAUUUUUCUUUCGAGCCACCUAGAGCCAAAGUGCGCCAUUACCACCAGCUCGUGUCGCUCAUGUACCCGCUCGGCAUCGCCUUCUACCACGUGCUCAUUGAGCUCGUGCCGCACCUCUUCAUCCUCUCCCCACUGCUCCGAGACAAUCCAAAUAUCCCCAUCGCCAUCGCAUCACACCAGGUGAAGGCGUUCAACCACCUCGUGGUGCCUUUCCUUGGCAUCAGCGCCAGCGAUCUCAACCUAGAAGUCAUUCCCAACCGACAUGCGGACGUGAACCUGAUCAUUCAAGUGGAUGUCCUGUACCAGCCAGUGUACCAGGCGUGUGGCCGAUCCGCCCCUGCCAUGUGGGGCGAGCUGCGGAGGCGCUUCCUGCUCCCCCCCAACGGCCUGCCUCUGUUCCUCCCGGGCUUUGUCCCCCGCCACAACCACACCUAUGUGCCGCCAGCCACUACUGGUACAGCAGCCAACACCAACAGUGGUGACAGCAAUAUGACUGCCAGCAGCACAAGCAGCAGCGCCAGCACCAGCAGCGGUGGCAACAGCAGCAGUGAGGGGGGAGCAGCAGUUGACCCCACUACUAUCACACUUCCUGUAGCAGCAGGCGUUGCUGGCAACGACGUGCCUCUUUGGACUGAUGAACAGACGGCUCGACUGCCGUACAGCUGGCGCGCCGUGAUUGCGCACCGCCGCGGCGCCAUGCGCCACCUGGCGGGGUUUGAUUUGCUCGUGGCAGCGAUGGGGAGGGUGUUCCCGCCACAGCGGGUGUUUGUGUUUGAAGGCGACCUGCCCAUGCUGCAAGCCAAGCUGCUCUUCAACCGAGCAGCUGUCUAUGUGGGCUUGCAUGGAGCAGGCCUCACCAACAUGAUCUUCAUGCCAUCCAACUCAUGCAUCUUUGAGAUUCGCCCCAACAACUACCCCAACCCCUGCUACCACCACCUCUCCAUGGCCACACGCCAGAACUAUUACCUGGUUUUUGGGAAUGGAACUAAGGACUCAGAGUUGACGUAUAACAUGAGUGAAGUGGAGAGUGUUCUGGGGGUGAUAGCGAAUCGGACAAGAAGGAGGAUGUCGAGGGAGUGGUGGGAGGCAGAGGAUGUGGGUACGCCGUUUGAUGAGAUAAAAGAGAGAGAAUACUUGGAUGUGACUUUAGCGAAUGGGAUGCAUGAGGGAAGCAUACAUCCUGAUGAGCAAACUUCUGUCCAACUGUAGUACUGUAUGUCUAUACAUCUGUUAUCAA